GGAAACGUCCAAACAAAUUUAUGCAUCAUCACAGUGUGCGCGGUUUCCCGAUUACCAAUCGAUUCCAAAGGACUUCGUCGUUUCGCUAGUUUCCCAGGAAACGUACUCCCCAACGCAGAACUUACCAGUAUUUUAAAACCAUUUCCGGUGUAAAAAUGUCCGGCGAUGAUGGCAAAUUCGAUCCGGUGUUGUUCUCGAUGGCAGAACAGCACCCGGGCGGUGUUCCAGACCUUCUCGGAACCAUUGCCGGUUUUUUGAACCGGAAGACGGAUUUCUUCGUUGGUGGUGAACAGGGCGAAUGGGAAAAGCUAGUACUCAAGAUAUUCAGAAAAGAGGCGGAGCUGGCACAGGAAGUUGCACGAAAAAAACGUGAGGAACGCGAAGCAGCCGAGAAAAGACGAGCGGAAGCGCGCCGGAAGAAAGAAGAGGAGGAAGCUAAAGCUCGGCAGGAACAUGAACAGAGCUCUUCAUCAUCUGCAGCCAUUACGGAACUGACGGAUGCGGAAGCAGAAUCGCUGCAGCAGGAAAUCGAUGCCAAGAAAAACAAAGAUGUCAACCCGGUGGAACCCGCAGCAACGCCCACUGAGGAAGACAAAGAGAAAGACGACGACGAGGAGCCGGAGGAUAAGGGCAAGUUGAAACCGAAUAGCGGCAAUGGUUGCGAUUUGGAUAAGUACAAAUGGACUCAAACGCUGCAGGAACUGGAACUGAGGGUCCCGUUCGAUGUGAAAUUUACCCUGAAGGCGAAGGAUGUGGUGGUAACUAUCUUGCGCAAAUCGCUAAAGGUUGGCUUGAAGGGGCAUCCACUCGUAAUCGAUGGAGAACUCCAUGGGGAGGUAAAGAUGGAGGAAUCGCUGUGGCAUCUGGAUAAAAACACGGUGGUCGUUACGCUGGAUAAGAUCAAUCAGAUGAGCUGGUGGGACCGUUUGGUGCUCACCGAUCCGCCGAUUAACACCCGCAAGAUCAAUCCUGAGUCGUCCAAGCUUUCGGAUUUGGAUGGAGAUACCAGGGGAAUGGUCGAGAAGAUGAUGUACGAUCAACGGCAAAAGGAACAAGGUUUACCUACGAGUGACGAGCAGAAGAAACAGGAUGUGCUCAAGAAGUUCAUGGAGCAGCACCCGGAGAUGGACUUUUCGAAAUGCAAAUUCACCUAAAAC